AUGCUUUUCCCUAGCCUUAUCCUGCUGGCAUCGACAGUCUUUACUGCUACAAAUGCUCUCGUUCUGAGUACAACUGAUACAGUUAUAAACACAACUGCAGCUCCAACAAUUCUACAACGCGAUGCGACUACCACUGCCCUGUCUGCAUCUACAAGUCCGGUGUACUUCCUAACAACCAACUAUGUUACUAUUGCGGGGGUGACCAAUGCACAUGUGACAGUUCCAGCCAAAACCAUCUCUUUCGCAGUUCCUACCUGCAUCCAAACACUCACGCUAGACAAAAAUGGUUAUUUGCUUCCUGGUACAUGUAAUGCUCUUUAUGACUACUAUCCAAGUUCUGCAUUGGCCUUGACAUUUGCUACAAUCUUUGGGGUUCUCACUCUAGCUCAUCUUACACAAGCUGUGUUUUACAAGAAGGCAUACAGUUUCUUCAUAGUUGCAGCCUCCAUCUGGGGUCUUACAGCCUUCAUUCUCCGGGUUUUAUCAACCCAUGAUCAACAAGAUACUGUCCUCGAACUCUUGUCCUCCAUAUUUGCUCUAACCAUUUCACCCGUCAUCAAUGCCUACUAUUACAUUUUACUAGGCCGCAUCGUACAUCACUAUCUUACCAAUCGUUCUCUACUAGGAAUCCGUGCCCAAUUCCUCGCACUGCCAUUUUUGGUAAUAAACGCAGCGGCGUUUGUGCUAGAAGUUGUGGGCGCAACGAUGAUGGAUAAGAGGAAUUUAGUGUGGGAGCAAAGAAACGCUGAUCAUCUCUAUACUGGAGGCUUGGUUGUACAGAUGUUGGUUAAUUUUGUGUUUAUGGGUAUGCUUUUUGCAUUGUUAUUCGAGAUGAGGAAUUCAGGAAGAAGAAGUGUGAUGAGAACAAGGUGGAAGGGAUUAGUAGGGGCAAUGUUUGGCGCAUCGGGUUUGAUUUUAAUUCAAAUCUUCUUCUCACUCGGUCGAUUCUCCGCCGGAGAUAAAUCUUUCAGUGCCCUCUCCUCCCACGAAUCAUACUUCUACAUUCUAGAAACCACCCCAGUAGUACUAGCCAUAGCUAUCCUAAAUGUCUUUCAUCCCGGCCGAUUCAUGACUGGAGAAGAAAAAAUGGAAAGUCUCUGGAGUAUUCUCACAAGUUUUCUUCUAUGUUGCAGAUCAAGAAAUGAUUCCAGAAAAACCAAGAACGCGGCAUCGAUAGCUAGUUCAAAGGAAUUGAUUGGAUUGGAUGAGCAGGACAAAUACGAAAAGAAUGAUGAACCGCCAAGGUAUAGUCCUUUGUGA